AUCUCAGUCUUCUUGUAUCGAUCGAUUUUUCAGUCUUCUUGUAUCGAUCGAUUUCUCAGUCUUCUUUUGUCGGUCGAUUUCCCACUCUUCUUUUAUCGAUCGAUUUCUCAGUCUUCUUUUAUCCGUCGAUUUCCCACUCUUCUUUUAUCGAUCGAUUUCCCACUCUUCUUUUAUCGAUCGAUUUCUCAGUCUUCUUGUAUCGAUCGAUUUCUCAGUCUUCUUUUAUCGAUCGAUUUCUCAGUCUUCUUGUAUCGAUCGAUUUCUCAGUCUUCUUUUAUCGAUCGAUUUCUCAGUCUUCUUUUAUUGAUCGAUUUCUCAGUCUUCUUGUAUCGAACGAUUUCUCAGUCUUCUUUUAUCGAUCGAUUUCUCAGUCUUCUUGUAUCGAUCGAUUUCUCAGUCUUCUUGUAUCGAUCGAUUUCUCAGUCUUCUUGUAUCGAUCGAUUUCCCACUCUUCUUUUAUCGAUCGAUUUCUCAGUCUUCUUUUAUCGUUCGAUUUCUCAGUCUUCUUGUAUCUUUGUCAGAACUAGCCGGCCAAACUGGUCGAGAUAGUCCUGAUUAAAAGUGGAAUUCUCCUGGCGGUUGUACUGGUCUGGCCAGCCAGUUCUGACAAAUUGUAAGUGCCCUAAGACUUUCUGUUAUCGAGUUUCCUUUUUUGUUUCUGUUUUCUAUUUUCGUGAUGUUACUCAAUCAGUCGCGUUUUUAGCGCUCAUGGAAUUCGACUUUUGAAUGAGUCUGAUAUCCAGAUUUUACCGCUCCUUCAGAGUAUACCUCAAAUAUAUAACUUUCUCCUCUACACCGGUAGCUCGCUAGUAUAGAACAGACGCUUCUGCCUUCCCAAGCUCACUAACCCAGUUUACACCCACUUUUCUGCUGCGCUACAUCUCACGUGACCACACCUCUUGUGCAAAGCACUUUUGCGAUUUUUGCUCAUAAGAAAUGUUUCAUUAUCCCCUGUUUUAUUUGUAGUUAUUCUCGUACUUUUGUGAGUGCCUAAAUGCUGCAAUUGAAACUGCAAAGCGAGAAGGAAGGUAAGUAUUGUUUUUGUUACUGACCAGUUAAUUUCUAAGAAACUAAGUUCUUCACCCCGAAGCGUCGAUCUCUCUCAUAUUAAGCUUAGGGUCAAUAAAGCUUGGUUCUUACACGAUAAGAUUUGUGUCGCAUGCAUCCUCGAAAAACAUUGGUCUUGCAUUCAUACCCUGGACACAAAUGAAAAAUAUUGCGUGAUAAUUUUAGGUAUAGUGAAGGCGUGACAGACGUAUCUGGAUCUUCAAUCACGAUGGUCGGCGCUGCCUGGCCUGUUUUUAGCGAUUUUCAAAGAGGCCUCAUGGAAACAAAGUAAGUAGUCUUAAUGAAGAUAUGACCCUUCUCAGUCGUGAACGCAAUUUAAGCAAUUGCAAAUUUAGCCCGAAGUUACCAUUAAGUCAAUUCUUAAGGUCAUUCUUCUGUAGUAGAAUCUGCAGUGAGAUUUUUUGUCAAACUUUGCCGAUUGGAUGUUGUUUGAAAUAAAAUCGCGGGGUCCCCAAUCCCCAUACUCGUUUUGGAGCGGGAGCAACUUGUAAGUGCGCAGUGAUUCCUUGAGAUACCAAGGGAGCUUCCGCAUCAACGACAGCGAUGGCAGGAAAAAACGUCACUUUUAAAAUGAAUUUGAGUGGGGUUUUUUGGCGUGCUUAUUCCAGUUCAAUGACAAUGUCAAACUGUAGCGGCUGCGGGUGAAUUUCUUGGGGACUGCACUCAAGUUUAGAUAGAGAAGGAAAAAAAUUCUUCCUCGCUUGUUUACGUCCUCCAUAAACGUGAAAUUAGGCAUUUUCACAUCGUAGUUGUGCAGUGACGGCAACGAAAUGUAGAAAAAUGUGUGAUGCACGUGCGAAGUUGUUGUUUAGCUAAUAUAAACCUAAGCCCCGUGCAAACGGACGCAACUUAACAUUGUUGGCCAACAACUCUCAACAUUGUUGGAUGUUACAUGUUGCGUCCGUUUGCAGAUCCUGUUGGAUGUUGUUGCGUGUUGUUGCGCAAAGUUUGAAACCAGUCAAACUUUUCAGCCAGCGACUCCCAACAUUUCUUUUCUUCCGUGAUCGCCGGAACGUAGCACAACAAUGUUGGAUCCGUUUGCACAACUCUUCCAACAUUGUUGGGGCCACGCACGCUCAUUACGCAUGCUUUACAAAGACUCAUGGGUUGUAUCCUUUCAACGAUGCACUGCAGGUCCCAACAUUGUUGGGAGUUGUUGCAUCCGUUUGCACACCACUGCCAACAUGCACGCAACAACUCCCAACAUUGUUGGCGCAACAAUGUUGGGAGUUGUUGCGUCCGUUUCCACGCAGCCCUAUGAUUUUUACCUUUUCUGGUGCAGUCGCCAUCACCAUUAAGGACCUUAAGAUCCGACGACGGCGACGGCAACUGGAACGCCACAAAAGCAAUAGGUUUAAGCAAAAAACAUUUUGCACUCCAAUUUGCACGUACAUCACGCUUUUUUUUUGUACAUUGUUGGCGCAACAAUGUUGGGAGUUGUUGGUUCGUCCUUUAGGAUGGUUCGCCACGCAGCCCGAUGAAGAUGAUUUUUACGACUUUCUAGUUGCAGGUCGCUCCCGACUAUGAUAAUAUUUAUGAGUACAUGUUUUGAACACGUUUCCGACGGUCGUCUCUCUUUCUACGGUAGAAAUUAGUCUUAAUUUAUUCAAGAAGAAGAACGUUACUGCUCUUCUUAAAAGAAGAGAAAAAAUAAAAGGUCACUAUUCUCGUUUACGAGAAAAUGAAGAUUUAACUCUCUGGGGAGCUCCACUCCAGUGUCAAGGCAAAAGCCGCCUUGUUUUAAGUGCGUGCGUCCUGUUAUGAUCUGUUGGCGUGGGCUUAUCAAGCGUGAAGUAAUGCGCAAUGCAUACGAAGGAAUAACCUGAAAUCCCUUCUCAGUUAUUUUCAUUUCCCUUUUUCAGACACAUGACUGUAAACGUUGAUCGCGGAAUAGGCUGGGAUUCGGCAGUGAAGCAGUUACAAGACAAUGGAAAAAACAAGUUUGACGGGUUUUAUUGUUCCAAAAGGGAACAGAAAGGGAGACGGCUUUACCUUCUAGCGAUACAAAAGGAGUCUUCCACCCAUCUUUUUAACAUUACAAGGUAAAUGUAAGGGCGAAAAACUGCUUUUCACCGAUGUGAACGCCCUAAAAGUUCAAAUUUUAGGUUGGUUGGUUGGUUUAAAUACCGUAAAUCCUCUAUACAGCCCUGCCCUCUCUCUUAAAUAAGCACCUUCCCCUCUAACGUUUCAUCUGGACUAAUCCGGUGUGCUUCAUUAACCAGAUUCAGAGACUUGAAGUUGUGAUUUCUUCCUGUAAACGAUAAAGUACAUGCGAUUAAGCCUCCCAGGAUCUAAGCUCCCGGCGCGUCCAAACGAAUUAAAAUGAAUUCGAUUUAUUAUGACAUUUUGAAGCUUGCUUAAAAACCAGUAAAUGCUAAAGAUUUCUUGUUCAGCACUGCUAUAGAAUGUUUCGAAGCGCCUUUUCUAUUUCGGUUAUUAGCCCCUUCGUUUAUUAGCUCUCUUAAAACCCCUUAAGAAAAUGUAUAAACCCAGGGCUUAUAAGCGACAUAUUACGGUUGUGGAAUUUCUACCCAACGAUAAUUUCCGCUUUUACUUCGUUUUUUGUUUUGUGCAGACCAAACACAGGACGGUCUCCUUUGAAGAAGAAAAAACCGAUCUUCUGCACAAGUACAAUAGGAUUUCACUGGAAGAUGCAGGUAAGGGAGGCGGGCCUCGUCAGGCUAUCUUUUGUAUCUACCACCGGGAAGCCGUGUGAAAUCAGAAGUGCUGUCCGCGUGUUUUACUGUGAUUUGUUUGAAAUCUAGUACACUGCACGGGUGCCAGCCUGUCCUAAUUUGUAAAAAGAUAGGCGAAUAUUCCUGAGCUAAAUUCUCAAAAACUGUAGUUAUCUUCAAAAAGAGAAAUAAAAAUUCGUUGUCGUCUCGUCCUCCAUAAAACGUCGCUUUAGGGGGUUUCACGUCCUAGUCGUGCAGUGGACGUUAAAGAAAUGUACUAAAAAGCGUAGUGUACGUGUAGAGCUAUUUUUUUGUUCAUAAAAUGAAUUUUUUGAUGUUCUCGCUGCCGUCGUCGUUGUGGUUGCAGAGCUUUUGGAAUGAAAACCAGUAAACAGAAAAAUUCUUUUGUUGUGACUUCAUGUUUUGCUAGCCGUUUAACAGGUUACACGAAAAGUAAAACUCGUAAAAUUUCAAAUACUUUUUGAUUGGUCAGGAACUAAAUGCUUUUGUAUACUUUUGAUUCAUUAGAAGCUGGAUGGAAAGCACAGUACGAAAGAACCAGAGAUCACUGUAUUCAUGGAUUAGGCUGCAAGACUGGACCUUCUUGUAAAAGUAAGUGAAAACUUUAUUACAGUGGUGUAUAUCUUAGAAGUCCCCUGAAGAGACCACGAGGAAGUGACUCGACAAAAUGAUUUAAUCCUUCUUUAAAAGAAUAACUCCGACAAUUUGUUAAUUAAUGAACUAAUGAACGAAUAAACUUUAUGAACGUGUCAAUACAAUAUCUAGUAGAGGGGAAACCCUCAUCUAAUAGGGGACACCUAAAGCGCGAUACAAUGAUGACAUUCAGUUGCAAUGAAACGAAUUUUUUAAAUUUACAGUGAGCACGAUACAAUGAAAAGUUAUCAACUUGUUACUGGCUAGCUUUAAAAAAAUACGUAACGUUGAUGGGUAAUGCAGUCCAUGAUUAAGAUAUGGUCAUGCUAUCUUUCUUUAUCCCAUCCCAUCCCAUCCUAUCCUAUGCCAUCCCAUUCCAUUCCAUUCCGUCCUAUCCUGACCUGUUCAUUAGAAAGAAAAGACAGCAUAGUAGCAUUCUAAUAUCAAUACCUUUUAUGGUUACUUGGUAUUGGCCAUUUUGAGGUUGCGCGUCAGGUUCAGGUCAUUGGUAUGUCGAAUGCACUUUGAUCCCUUUUGACGCUAUGUCUUCACUCAUUGGCUGUUACGAGGUUGCGCAAGAAACUGGGUUAAAAUUUCUCUCACAAAACAGUCCCAUAGUGCAAUUGGACGCAGAACCAACCCAGUUUCACGUGAAACCUCAAACUGGCCACUCUGUGGUCAAGAGUGAUAUUUCACAUAUAUUUACACGAAGUCAAAUGGCAACCAUGAGAAAAAUGGCUCACCAUUGGAUCGAUCACCGUUUCUGGAAAAACUCCCAACCUCCCCACCCCUAACCCAUGUUUCUUUCCUAAAGCCAUCCGUUAGGGAAAAACAAGAGUCAAGGUGGGUUGGAAGGGACCCAGCAACUGUAAAUAAUUCAACGAGCUCCCGUUUUUGUUUGUUCGUCAGCCGGCUGUCGCAUUACUCAGAUCCAUUUAUUGUGUGGUGGGAUUAUUCCCUUGCUGUCUGCGUUGGAGAUGGCCAUGGCUAAAAAUGCUGAUAAAAUUGGUCUCAG